AUGGGCUCCUUCAACCGCGAACGCGUCGAACACGCGUUGAAUGAGCUGCUGGUGCGCAUUGUGCCCGACGACCCGGAAGAAGAUGAAGAAGCGGCCAACCAGCGCUUCGAUACGGCCUUUGAGUUUGCCGUGGGCGAGUUGAGCGCGGCGGGGGACACUGCUGUCGUGCCUGAUGUCGAGCACAUUGCCAGCCUGAUAGACGGGAGGAUCUCGGGUCAUCCCAAGGACGCGCAGCAGAGCGCCCGCUUCAACAACCUCCUCUCGCGCCUCAUCGCCCAGCCCGUCCUCGACCAGAAAUGGCGCAUGCUGUACUUCCUCCACCAGCUGUCUGAUCUGCCCCACCCACCCGAGCAGUCCCUUUCCCAAGACUCGCGUAGCCGCUCCCGUGAACCCACGACGCCCAAACACCAACCGUCCACCGCCCAGGCACACGGCAGCCCGGCUUUCCGCGAUGCCUUUGCCCGCCCCGGCCUGGCACAGCUGCCGACGAAUGAAGGCUCGCCUAAGGCUUCAGCACGUCCAGCACCAGCCGCUAUCAAGUCAGACACCAACAAGCCAGAGAAGCGCAGGGAGCGACGGGCGCGCGAAACCAGCCAGGAGCAGCAGGCCGACGCAAGCCCUGCAGACACGGCUGACCUGGCACCUUCAGAGCGUGCCCUCCUGCGCGACCUCCCCUUCACCCUGCAGGGGCUCUCGUCCACCAAUCUGACCUUUCCGUCUUCCACCACCAUCAAGCUGCCCGCCAAUCUGCCCGUGCCCAUCGUCAGCAUUCUGCACACCCUCGCCGAGCCUGCAAUCCUCUACCGGGGACUAGCCGAGUUUGUCGAGUCGUCUGAUGGAGGUCUGAUAGGACAGAGCUUCCGCUCAGCGCUGGCCAAGGAGCUGCGAGCCUAUCUGGGGCUGGUUGCAACGCUGGAAGCCCAGAUCAGAAGAGCUCUCACACAGCUGAGCGAGGGCAAGCAGCACCAGGGUGUCACAAAAGCUGGCGUCACCCUCAAGCGAUGCGUCAUCUGGAUCCGGGAGCCUACUAUGGGUCUGCGCCUGAUGAGCCUCAUGGUGGAAGAGUCCAAGAAGAAAAAGGGAGGAGAGCUGAUAUCGCUCAUACACUCUUUCUCGCUCAACCACGGUGACCCAUACGUCAUGUCGUUCGCUGAGCGCCUUCUCUCCGAUGUGACUCGACCUUUUUACGACAUGCUGCGCCAGUGGGUGUACGAUGGUGAGCUUGCUGACCCGUUUGGUGAGUUCUUCGUGUCUGAGCAGAGUGAGGAGGAGAUCAACGAGGCCAACGGCACCGAAGGCAAGGGAGGUGCAACGAGUGUCUGGGAAGACAAGUACAAGCUGAACGAGAAGAUGGUACCUUCCAUCGUCACCGAUGGCUUUGCCAACAAGGUCUUCCUGAUCGGCAAAACGCUCAACUUCAUCAGAUACGGGUGUGGCGAUGCUGCGUGGGUAGACACAUACUCCAAAGAAGCCUCUAAGGAGCUGCAAUACGGCGACACGGCUACUCUUGAGCGGUCGAUUGGUGACGCAUACAAGACGACCAUGGCACGACUCAUCGAUCUCAUGGCCAAUAAGUUCAAUCUCUUCGACCAUCUCCAGGCACUCAAACAGUACAUGCUACUGGGCGCCGGUGAUUUCAUAGCAGUGCUCAUGGAAUCCCUCUCCUCGAAUCUCGACCGCCCUGCAAACACGCAGUACCGCCACACGCUCACAGCCCAACUGGAACACGCUGUCCGCAAUUCCAAUGCCCAGUUCGACACAUCUGACGUCCUACGCCGCCUCGAUUCUCGCAUGCUAGAGCUUUCCCACGGCGAAAUCGGCUGGGACGUCUUCACGCUCGAGUACAAGAUCGACGCCCCCGUAGAUGUCAUCGUCACACCCUUCGGCUCGAAGCAAUACCUCAAAGUAUUCAACUUCCUCUGGCGCGUCAAGCGCGUCGAGUUUGCUCUCGGCUCCACCUGGCGCCGUUGCAUGACAGGCGCUCGCGGCGUACUGGGCACGGUAUCAGACAAAGUAGGCGUUGACUGGAAGAUGAGCCGCUGCGCCAUGGCAGAAAUGGUGCAUUUCGUAAACCAACUCCAACACUACAUCCUCUUCGAAGUGAUAGAGAAAUCCUGGAUCGACCUACAAAAAGCGCUCAACAAGCCCGAAAGCACACUCGACGACAUGAUCGCCGCGCACGCAGACUACCUCAACAACAUCACGCGCAAGGGCCUCCUAGGAAGCCAAAGCAUCGACUUCACAGGCCAACUGCACGAGCUGCUCAAGACAAUGCUAGCGUACAAAGACGCAGUCGAUGGCCUCUACUCGUUCUCCGUCGCAGAAUUCACGCGCCGCCAGGAACACGCCGCGAAAAUCGAAACGCGCACCGCAGCAGGGCGGUGGGGUCUCAGCGAAAAAGACGCCCUCUCCUCAUCCCGCGCCUCCUCGCGCGCUCCGUCGCGACUAGAACCCGACUCGCCCUUCCCGCCGCCGCUGCUCAAGCUCGGCAGCGCUGUGGCCGGUGCGAACGGUGAGGACGACGUGCUUCCUGCGCUGCGCAAACGGCUUACCCACCUGAUUGAGGAGUUUCGCACGCGUAUAUGUUAUCUGCUGGGCGAUCUUGUGCAUUCGCCGGAUGGCGAGCUUAAGAUGCUUGCUGUUAAUAUUAACUUUAAUGACGUGUAUAAGGCGGAGCGGAGGAGGAGGAAGGUUGAGAAGAAGACGGAUGGGAAGAGUGUAUCCAGGCCUGGGACUGCGGGUGGGGAUAAGGCGUAGGGUAUGCGUGGUGGGUUUGAGGGGGGUGCGGAUGGUGGUGGGCACACUUGGUGCGUGUUGUGGAGGGCGCAAGUAUGACG